AUGCGCACUUACUCAUCUCAGUCAGCCGCCAGCUUUGCUUCACAUGCUUCCGCCUCGCGUCAACCGUCGGCAGAGAUCCUAGAGGAGGACGAGUCCUCUGCAUCCAACUCACCCUCCCAACGCAAACGUCAGGCCACUACAGCCAUGACAGACUCGGAUGCGGCUGCCUCCCCCCGUCGCUCACGCGUUGCCUCCAGCUCCGAUGCCGGCUCCGUCUACAAUGCCGAUAUGUCGGCGUCCAUGCUCUCGGUCGUCGACCCAGCCGGUUUGGACGAGAUUGAGAACAGCGUUCGUCAAUCUAAAACCAUCGAAGACUUCACCAGCAUCAUCAGCGAGUUCCGCAUGAACCGCCAAACGCUCUAUUCCGACUCUCUUGCCGGCUCACUAGCCCAAGACCCGGCCGACACCAUUUCAGCCAGCGCUAGCCACCACAGCAUUGGUCAACGCAGCGAAUCAGCAGAAACAGUCAGGUGCACCUGCUGCUGCAGCAAGGAUGACUGUCCUCGCGCUCUCCGUGCCCGCCAAGAGUGGCGCGACCUGGAAGCAGACCUUCGCCUUAGUGCAGAGAUCGGCCAGGCUUUGCUCCGACGUCAUGACGCCAUGCAGGCAAAGCUACAGAAACAAGCCGAAGAGUACAUGCAGCAACGGGACGGCCUCAUGACCCGCCUCACCAAGAGCUACAAGGAGACCUCGGCUCUCGAGCGAGAAUUGGCCCAGUCCAACCUCAACUUGGAAGCAGGAGACAGCAGCAACCGCGCACUCUUGCACGAGCUUGACGAUGCUCGAAGCCAGCUCACCAAACUCAAAGCCAGCCAGACCCGGCUCAGCGGUGCCGACGAGAGGGCCAGAUACCUCGAACGCGAGCUCGAAGAUCUCAAGCAGGAGCUUGCUGCCGAACGCAAACGGUCGCAAGCAGCCGAAGCAAGAUCCAAGAAACUCGAAAUAAGAUCCACUCAACUCAAAGAGGCGCUCAACAAUGCCCGCCAUGAGGCAAAUGUCGAAACUAGGCCCGCAAGUCGCGCCUUGUUUGACGAUAGUGCGAUACAAGCAGCAAGGGACAGGCUCACCCUUGGCCUCCGCCAUGAACGCACCCCCUCCCUAUUCACCAACGCAUCUUUCGCCAGCGAUGAUGCAGAACAAGUACAGGCCAUUGAAGCUCUGGUGCGAGACAACGAGGCUUUGCGUAGCGACAAUGACAAGCUGAGAAGCCUCGUCGAUACGUGCAAUGCGGAGCUUGACACGCUCCGAAGUUCUGUCACCGACGCCAUCACUAUUGUUGCAUCCCCUGCCCUGGAUCUUGCCAGAUUCGACGAGCAACCCUCGUCCUACCUGGAAGCGAAAGCAACUGCCACACUCAGCAUGGAGGCAGACAGCUCGAUCGGGAUUCACUCGGUAGACACAGAACCGAAGCAAGAAUUGCAAAGGGCCAAUCUGGGAGACGCAACAGAGGGUUGGUCAGCCUCGUCUCGACCACCAAUACCUGCAUAUGCGUCUUCGACCGGCUCGUUCAUUUUCCCUCCCACUUCACCGACCGCAGCCAAGCCAUCCGACGGCCACAGUUCAUCAGUCACACGUAGCGAGUCGCUCGCCUACACCGCAGACAGCAGCGCCGCAAGUCAACCGCCCGAUUCCAUCUCUUUCGCGCCAAGCUCGCGAUCCAGCGCCACCAGCAGGGAUACAGAGAAGCAAACGCCCGACUUUUUGCAUUCAGACCCUGCACGUCGCGAGAGUCGCACCGCCCAGCUCGGCAAUCUCCUCGAAAACGUCAACCGCCUCUUCAACCGCCUCUCCACCGCAGAUGUCGACACGCUCACCCGUCGUCUGCAAAGGCAAAAUUUGGCUGGCGAUGCGGGUCACUUGGCCAAGACCACAGUGCACUCGAUCCUUCGCGACGUCGACGGCUUGCGCGAGCACUUCCGUAAGCUCAUCGAAACCGAAGCUCGCAACCAUGCCAGGGACGAUAACUCGGCUCACUCAAAAGACUUUGCGGGCGAGAGUCUCGUCGCGCGAAAGGAGUUCUUCGCGCUCCUCAAGACAUUCCGCGACAUUCUUUGCGAGCUUGCCAAGCUGCGACUUUGCAUCAACGAUAUUCAUCUCAAUCCCGCACAGGCCGCGAAGCUUCUGAACGAGCAUCUUGGUGCAAACACAGCAGAGGACAGGUCGCUGAUUCCUAUACCUUCUGCUGUCAACUGGCUCGGCAAGAUGCUGCUUGGCGGACCCAGUGGCACACCAACCACGCCAUCGCCGAGCUCCAGCAGUCCCUCGGCGUCGCUGGCAGUUCCAGACGCUGCAGGCAUGACCGGGACGAAAGGAGGCCGGCCUGUCGCACGAAGAACUAUUUCCGGUAACUAUGCUGGCCACCUCGCACCGCGAGCUUCGCCCGCUGUCGUCUCGUCGACACUGGCCGUUGAGGUUAAGGGCACGCAUGCAUCCGCAGCGGAAGCGACUCAGCAGCGACUGUCUAUCUCACCACAGACUCCUCUGGGUGGCGGUCUCCGAACUGGUCCUCGUCCUCAGCGCGGUCGAUCUCAGGCAUCCCUCACACGUGUCCAAUCCCGCAACCUCUCCGGUCUGUUUGCUGGAAGCCUUACGCCAUCCUACGCGGUAUUUGACGCUGCUCGGAGCGGACAAUCGGAUCUAAGCAGCAGUCUUGCACAGACGAGCUCGCUCCGGCCUAGACUCGAAGCCUCGAAGACAACCAAGCCAUGGCAGCGACCCUUGUCCAGGAUUGUCGACGACGAUGAGAUCAGCAUUCAUCGCGGAAGGGCCAUUCGUCAGCAGGUGUUCGACGAUAGUGGCGACGAGGGUUCCGAUGAUGAGAUGAAGGGCAGCGGCAACCUCCUAGAACGCACCCUGCGACCGAGAGGCCUUAGCGAUAGCUCGGUCCGAAGUGUAUUUGUCGAUAUGGCGGACGGCAUCGGUGGCAUGCCUGUCUCGCCAGCAGCAAAUCGGAUCCGACCGUCUCCGAUCUCGCGCAUCAUCACGCCUGCCACCCUGUCGCUUCACUCGACACCGAGUGCGCCGGCCGUGGUAUCUGCGGCUAGUGCUGACGACGACCGCCGCAGCGCAGAUGGUAACGCUUCGCCGUCCAUCUCGUCAGAGAGAUCCGGAAACCUCACGCCGGGCGCUGUCGGCAUUGCUGGAGGCGUGGCCAGCUCCAUUUUCAGCCGAUCGGAAAAGGUUCUGUCGUUCUUGAGUGGUGGCGUGGUUGGCUCUGGUGCAUCGAUCCAGCCCAGCAACGCGGCUACCGGACACAGUGGUGGCACCCUGCGCCAAACACCUUCCAUCGCCGCUCUCAACAAGGCCGCCGCUCGAGGAGCCCCAUCACCGGACCUAUCUGUUUCACCACGGAAUGCUGCGGCUAGCCAGUCAGCGACAUCAGCAUCUGCCGACACACGUGCACAAACAGGUCUUGGCGUCGGGUUGCCGCAACGCUCUGUCCUUGGAGGCGCUGGAAGCAGUCGCUCCGGCUUCUGA